AUGACAGAACUACUAAUACCAGUGAAGAUGGAGAUCAAAACAGAUGAGUUUGAUGAUUUCCUCCGUGAAUAUAUUUUGGCCAGUAAAUUGGGAGAUAAGACUGUACAGGAACAUGACUUUAAGAUUGAGAUACAAACAUCAUCAACCUGUAGAGAAGAGGAGUUCACACCAGUGGAAAUUAAAGAGGAACACAAUUCUGAAUCUGGAGAACAUGAUGACCAUGAUGACUCCUCACCUACAAGAACUGUCCAAAUGAUCACAGCUGGGAAGAGUACCGUUGCUGAUUCAGAUAUCAACCCAAAUAAGAGAACACAUUCCAGAGGAAAGUCAUAUUAUUGUACCGAGUGUGGAAAGACUUUCACUCAGGUGUGUAAUCUCAAGAGACACCAGAAAAUCCAUACGGGAGAAAAGCCAUAUCAGUGUUCAGAUUGUGGAAAGACUUUUACUCAGUUGGGUCAUCUCAAGGGACACCAGAAAAUCCAUACUGGGGAAAAACCAUACCCGUGUUCUACAUGUGGGAAGAGUUUCAGAAGCAGCAUUGAGGUCACUAUCCAUAAGAGAACACAUACUGGAGAAAAGCCAUAUCUAUGUUCAGAGUGCGGAAAGACUUUUACUCAGGUGUCUAAUCUCAAGAGACACCAGAAAAUCCAUACGGGAGAAAAGCCAUAUCAGUGUUCAGAUUGUGGAAAGACUUUUACUCAGUUGGGUCAUCUCAAGGGACACCAGAAAAUCCAUACUGGGGAAAAGCCAUAUCAGUGCAGUGCAUGUGGGAAGAGUUUCAGCACCAAAAGAGAGCUCACUAUCCACCAGAGGAUCCAUACUGGGGAAAAGCCAUACGCUUGUUCUACGUGUGGUAAGAGUUUCAGAAGCAGCAUUGAGGUCACUAUCCAUCAGAGAACACACACUGCAGAAAAGCCAUAUCACUGUUCAGAGUGUGGAAAGACUUUUACUCAGUUGGGUCAUCUCAAGAAACACCAGAGGAUCCAUACUGGGGAAAAGCCGUACAUAUGCUCCACAUGUGGGAAGAGUUUCAAACACAAGUGUUCUUUCAGCCGUCAUAAAAUGAUCCAUGUAAGGUAAAAAUGAACACCAGUGUUCU